GAAAUGCGCAGGCGCCGGAGAUGCGAUCAAUCUGACAGAAGUUCUCAUGACGCCAUAGCGGGGACUGCUGGAAAAUAUCUCAGUUGUUUGAAGUGAAAAUGGCAGUGGAGAAGCGCUUGGCAUUCUCUAUUGUGCAGUUCCUGCGAGAUCAAACACACUGUGGUGCUUUGAAUUCCGAUGAGCAGGAAAGCCUUGAAGUCGCCAUACAAUGUUUGGAGACAACCUUCAAGAUCAACUCCAGUGACUGUCAUCUCGCAGCACCACAACCUCUCACUGAAAUAUUCCUCAACUCUCUCCUCAAGAAUGACCAGAAUAACCUGGUGCUACCAGAGACAUCCCCAUCACCAGAAGACACAGAAAGGGCAGAACAGUUGAAGAAUGAAGGGAACAAUCAUAUGAAAGAGGAGAACUACAGCUGUGCGGUGGAGUGUUACACAAAAGCCAUCGAUUUAGACCUCCGAAACGCUGUCUACUUCUGUAACAGGGCUGCAGCACACAGUAAACUGGGGAACUACACAGAGGCAACGGGAGACUGUGAAAGGGCCAUAGGGAUCGACCCUAGCUACAGUAAAGCCUAUGGGAGAAUGGGAUUGGCAUUGACUGCUAUGAAUAAGUACCCAGAGGCCAUCUCCUACUUUAAGAAAGCUCUGGUUUUAGAUCCAGGGAAUGACACCUACAAAUCCAACCUGAAGAUCGCUGAGCAGAAAAAAAAAGAGGCAUCCAGUCCUAUGGCUACGGGACUGGGAUUUGACAUGGCCAGCCUUAUCAACAACCCUGCCUUCAUCAGCAUGGCCGCCAGUGUGAUGCAGAACCAACAAGUGCAACAGCUUAUGUCAGGGAUGAUGUCCAAUGCGGUCGGGGGUCCAGCAGCAGGAGUGGGAGGACUGUCUGACAUCUCCAGCCUGAUUGAAGCUGGUCAGCAGUUUGCCCAGCAGAUCCAGCAGCAGAACCCAGAACUGAUCGAACAGCUGAGGAACCACAUCCGCAGCCGCUCCUUCAGUGGCAGCGCUGAGGAGCACUCGUGAUCCACACAGUGUACAUUUCAAUAGAGGAAGGGCAACCAUAUGUCGUGAUUACAAUCUCUACACCCAUUCCUUAAACUCACAUCACCGGCAGAGCUGGAAUGAAGAGACAGACGGAGAUGGGGACGAUGGCACUUUACUGGGACUGUAUCUUCAGAGAGGAGGGGAGAGAUGAGAAACAGUCUACACCUUCUACAUACCUAAUAAGAAGAGAGAGUAUCCAACACAUUCUAUGUAGAUAAUCAAACAGGAAAUAGAGUAUCAACCACAUUCUAGACACCCAAUUAGUUUCAAAAACAUUCCCACCAAUCAGGAGAAAGAAUAUUCAGUUCGAGACCCAAUCAGGAGACAGUCUCAUCUAAUUAUUCUAAAUAUCCAACCCAGUGCACAGCAAAUAUUUAAUCUUUCCUCAAUAAUGUUCCAUUCCAAAUGGAUUUCUGUGUUUUUCUAUAGUGUGUUGUAGUAGCAAUUUGGAAACCAUUUCCGUGUUCCUAUACUUUGGUAUAUUUUGUUGAUCCUUUGGUCCGCACUGAUUUCACUGAUCCAACAGAAUUGUACGUAGGAGAAUGCAGGGGUGUAUACAGUGAGGUGAAACAUUUAGAUAGAAAUUUUAUUAAUAGAGCUGAUAAAUCAAAUCAAAUCAAAUUUAUUUAUAUAGCCCUUCGUACAUCAGCUGAUAUCUCAAAGUGCUGUACAGAAACCCAGCCUAAAACCCCAAACAGCAAGCAAUGCAGGUGUAGAAGCACUGAUAGGAUUCCCUAUUCUACAGUUCCAGUCAAAAGUUUGGAAACACCUACUUAUUCAAGUGUUUUUCUUUAUUUUUACUAUUUUCUAACUUGUAGAAAAGUAGUGAAGACAUCAAAACUCUGAAAUAACACAUAUGGAAUCAUGUAGUAACCAAAACAUUGUUAAACAAAUACAAAUCUAUUUUACAUUUUAGAUUCUUCAAAGUAGCCACCCUUUGCCUUGAUGACAGCUUUGCACACUCUUGCCAUUCUCUCAACCAACUUCACCUGGAAUGCUUUUCUAAAAGUCUAGAAGGAGUUCCCACAUAUGUUGAGCACUUGUUGGCUGCUAUUCCUUCACUCUGCGGUCCAACUCAUCCCAAACCAUCUCAAUUGGGUUGAGGUCAGGUGAUUGUGGAGGCCAGGUCAUCUGAUGCAGCACUCCAUCACUCUCGUUCUUGGUCAGAUAGCCGUUACACAGCCUGGAGGUGGGUUGGGUCAUUAUUCUGUUGAAAAACAAAUUAUAGUCCAACUAAGCGCAAACCAGAUGGGAUGGCAUAUCACUGCAGAAUGCUGUGGUAGCCGUGCUGGUUAAGUGUGCCUUGAAUUCUAAAUUACUCUGGGUCUUUCUUUCCUGUGGCGGUCCUCAUGAGAGCCAGUUUCAUCAUAGAGGUUGAUGGGUUUUGAGACUGCACUUACUUGAAGAAAUGUUCAAAGUUCUUGAAAUUUUCCAGAUUGACUGACCUUCAUCUCUUGAAAUAAUGAUGGACUGUCAUUUCUCUUUGCUUAUUUGAGCUGUUCUUGGCAUAAUAUGGACUUGGUCUUUUACGAAAUAGGGCUAUCUUCUGUAUGUCACCCCUACCUUGUCACAACACAACUGAUUGGCUAAAACACAUUAAGGAAAUAAAUUCCACAAAUUAACUUUUAACAAGGCACACCUGUUAAGUGAAAUGCAUUCCAGGUGACUACCCCAUGAAGCUGGUUGAGAAAAUGCCAAGAGUGUGCAAAGCUGUCAUCAAGGCAAAGGGUUGCUACUUUGAAGAAUCUCAAAUAUCAAAUAUAUUUUGGUUGGUUACUACAUGAUUCCAUAUGUGAUUCCAUAUGUGUUAUUUUAUAGUUUUGAUGUCGUCAUUAUUAUUCUACAAUAAUAGAACAUAGUAAAAAUAAAGACAAAUCCUGGAAUGAGUAGGUGUGUCCAAACUUUGGACAGGCACUGCACAUGACAGGCAAUUAGAACUGUAUUGUGUAUAACAGAUACAUCUUCACGUUCUGUAACAUUGCUCCUUUCAGAACUGACCCCAGGAUUUGACUUAAAAUUGCUUUCAGUAAUUGCAUUGAGUGAAAGGAAGGAAGGAAUUAAGGAAGGAAGGAAUUAAGGAAGGAGAGAAAGGGAGGGAGGGACUAAUGAAGGACAGAAAGGGAGUUAAGGAAGGAGUGAAAGGGAGGAAUGAAUUAAGGAAGGAGAGAAAUGGAGGAAGUGGUUGUUCAGGAAGGAGUGAAAGGGAUAAAGGAUGCAUCUGUGAAGUAUUUGAACUGGGAGCACAUUCCUUUUUCUCAUGACUACAUGAGUUACACACACACACACACACACACACACACACACACACAACAGCAGGGUUACAUUGUUUCUAUCCUAUCAUGUUCAGACAGUUAUUUUUGUACCAAAUUAUUUGUUAUAGUUACUGUUGGAUGAAACAAAGACCCUAAGCCUUGAUCAUGUGGAUCUCUAUCAUUGCUUUGAAUAGCAAUUAUCAGACUGCUAAUUUGAAGAUAAAAGAAAGUAAGUAUGUCCUUGAAAGUAUGUAUAGUGACCAUGUCUGCACCCCCUACCCUCACCCUGUAUUUACUAAUGAUUGGAACCAUAGCAAACACACAAAUAUGUCAAUGCCAUUUCUCUUUGGAUUCGAUUUCAUUUGACAUCACUGAAACAAUGUUGAUAGUAUGGGACUUAUUCAGCCUUAUUGAUUUUGCAUGCUUUUCCAUCUGAUAUUUAUUGUCAGACACUUAAUUGAAGCUAAUGAAUAUUGUGUAAAACAGAGCAGCAUAAUGUUUGGUCAACAAAUAUACGUCUAAAUAAAAUGUCUUAAAAUUGA